AGAUGAGUUAUAGGGAGUAUCUGGAAGCAUGCGCAGGAUUUAAAUGAGGUUUUUCCAGGACUCUUCCCCUUUACCGAGGCGAGGAUGGGCGUUUGUGGACUGCUCUGGAGUCUGCGUCACGUGGCUUGGUUUCUGCCCUCCCAUUGGUCCAAGGCACGUGUCUGGGAGGACGGUGGGAAAACGUCACUCGGGGGGCUCGUAUUGAAAAUAAGAACAAAACUCCAGAGUGAGAGUAUUAGAGCAUCAGUUUAGGAGCCUCUUUAUUUACCCUUAGUUUAGUUUAGGUGUAGGCAUUGCUGAGCACACUCCAAUCGGACAACACUUAAUUGGAUGGUGCGCAAAUGUUUUGAGUCUGCGGUAUCAGUUGUAACCCGAGAUUGAGGGGAAUAUAUGUCAAAAAAGUAUGCUUUUCUCAGAGGGCACUAUCGCAAGGCUUUGCAUGGUGUCCAAGGCACCCACUAGCAUUUGAGUUUUUUUUGUUUACAUUUAUUGCAGCGUGCCGUUUUUUUUUUUUUUAAAUAUAUUUUUCUUCUAUAUAGUUCUUUGCGAUUUUUUUUUUAUUGCAGCGGAGCGAGCGCACGAGCAACAAAGGGGUUAAAAGAGAGCAAAGCGGGGGAAGUGAAUCAGUAUGGAGGAAAAUGAUCGCGGCAACAGAGACGUGGUGGAGCGGCAGGAGUCGGCGGAUGAAUCCAACAGAGCCAUCCUCCCCCUCCUACAGGCGCCGGGGAACCCGCAGAUCCCUCACCGGGUCACCAAUUUCUUCAUCGACAACAUCCUGCGGCCGGAUUUCGGACGCAAAAAGGACGGGGACGCGAACCGCGACGUGAGCAGCCUGGCACCGCGGGAGAGCCCCGGCAGCCCCGACGCGCCCCAGACCGAGCCGGCGGGGAACACGGUGCCGGCGGAGGGCACCUCCACCCCGCACACGGUGACCGUGAGCAAGAAGCCCGCUAUAGCCGCCGAGGAGCCCCUGGAUCCCCGCGGGGAGAGAGGAGACCAGUGCCUAAGCUCAGACUCGGACAGUUCCCAAGCCAGCUCGAACCCACCCGCGUCCAAGUCCAUGCUGUGGCCGGCCUGGGUCUACUGCACCAGAUACUCGGACAGGCCUUCUUCAGGGCCAAGAUCUCGCAAACCAAAGAAGAAAACGACCAGCAAAGAGGACAAGCGACCACGCACGGCCUUCACCGCAGAGCAGCUGCAGAGACUAAAAACGGAGUUCCAGACGAACCGGUAUCUGACGGAGCAGAGGCGGCAGAACCUGGCGCAGGAGCUGGGCCUCAACGAGUCCCAGAUCAAGAUCUGGUUCCAGAACAAGAGGGCGAAAAUCAAGAAGUCCACCGGCGCCAAGAACUCUCUGGCCUUGCACCUGAUGGCGCAGGGACUUUACAAUCACGCCACCGUCUCGUCGCAGGACGCCAAAUCCGACAGCGACUGAGAAGUCACAGACGAACAAGAACCUACAGUAAUCCUGUGAUAGAUUUGGGUUUUUUUUGUUGGCUUUUUUUUUUUUUAUAGACGCAACCCACAGGAAUAUUUAAAGAUACCCCAGGAGAUACACAACAUACAACAGACUUCUAUCAAUAUCAGUGCUGACCCACUAGAGGAAAUACGAUAAAAAAAAAGAAAUAAAUAAAAAACAGGUCAUUGGACUACUGAAGUCCCCACAUGAAUAUUUAAUGACACCAUAGGUCUCUAUAGUUCCCUAUAGUAAUAUUAAAGCGGAUUUUCGUUAUAUGGGAGGUUUUGUCAAGCCUACAAUGCAAUAAUUCCAUCGAAUAAAAGGGCCAGCGUAGAGUAUACCAGCAUAAAUUGUUUGAAAAAAAAAAGAUAUUUCUGCAAUAUCACGUCUAUAAAAGAUGUUGUAUAAAAGAUAUGUUUUCAUUGUUUGUCGUCGCCCCCCCCCCCCACAGGAAGGUACUACUUCCACACAUCAUUUUUCUAUAGGCCCACUAUCCAUGAUUGUCAUCGUUUCACACUGAGCUAGCUGGCUCCUGACGUUUCGAUCCGCCAGCGAAGUGAACAAACUGAAGUCCAAAGAAUAUUUUUCUGCUGCAUCCAGGCUACUGUGAAUUUAAAUAAAUGCUAACACGAGUUUUAUUUCCACGCUUGUUGGUUUCCUUGGUUGUGUUUUAAUGUAGAAACGGAAAGGAAGGUGGGUUUUUUUUUUUUUUAGAGGCAGUUAAAGAGCUAAUUGGGCAGACAAUGCAUUUUGAUACGUUUUUUUAAAAAGGGAUAAAAAAAAGAAAAAGAAAAUCAACAAAAAAAUAAUAAUCACAGGAACAGUUUAUUAUCACAUGUGACCGAGCGAUUUUUUUCUAACACGCCACUUAACUAAAAUGCUAAAGUUACGCCUUGCUUAUGUGUGGUCGUCUUCUAGCCUUUAAACAAAUAGUAUGUGCGUACCCCAUUCGUUAUACCAAUGCAUCAGUGCAGCCAUUAUAGUUUUUAGCAAUAUACACCUUUUUCUUUUUUUGGUAGCUAACUUUUGAGGCUGUAAUGCUGCCUUCAAAGUCCCAGAACUCUGUAGCAUAAACACAAUGACGACAACCACUCAGAGUACAGACUAUAAAAGCAGGUUAUUGGGUGUUCUUGUUAAAUCUUUCUCUAUGAAACAGUUUUAUCACAUAUCCAUCUAUCAUGAAAGGCAAAUUCGUCAGUGACUGUAUUACAAAUGUUGGAAAUCUCUUAUCGUUGUUGAAAGGACUUCAUAUGUGUAUUUAUAUAGAUUAUAUUGAGAAAAAAAAAAUCUAUCCAAUGACCAGUGUUGCUUUAGAGUAGAUAUCUGAGGUGUUUACACUGCUUGUUUAUCUUGCAAUAACUUUUUUGUUUC